UAAUAACUUCAGAAAUCAAUCCGGGUCCAUCCAUUACGGACGGAUUACGAAACUCGGUUAACAAAUAAACUUAAUUUUUUAAAGUGUAGUGGUUAAAAAUUAAAUUAAAAAAAAACAUACAAUUAAAACAAAAGUUAAAGUUAUUUAAAAACCCUAUUGGUUAUUUUAUUAACAGUUUUGUAGGAAGAGUAAUUAAAACACACAUAUUUAAAAAAAUAUAUACCUAAACAUGUGUAAUAAAAUAUUUCACCGCAUUGCACUAUUGCUAUUUAUGGUUUUAACAUAUUGUGCAGCAAAAGAUUUGCCUGAGGCUUUUAACAAAUGUAAAAGAGAUUCAAGUUUUGAUAAAUGUCUUGUGGAUGCGGUGAACAAGGCAAUACAAGUAUUAAAACCAGGGAACAAAGAAUUCGGCAUUCCACCACUGGAACCAUUGGCUGUAAAAUCACUUAUUAUAGAUGCUGGAACAGCACCAAUCAAUCUGAGGCAAACAAUGAAAAAUGUCUUAGUUAAUGAUAUGAUAUCGACAAGUAAAAUAAAAAGAUACAGGACCGAUUUGGACAAUCAUCUUAUUAUCUGUGACAGUGUAACAGACCGUAUUGAAAUGUUGGGAGAUUAUGAGAUGUCCGGAAGGAUACUUUUGUUACCCAUCACUGGGAGUGGGCGUGCAAAUAUUACACUAGUGAGCUCGAAAAUUGAACAUCGUUUGAUUGGUGAGCCUUUUGAAAAAGAUGGUGUUAAGUAUAUGCGUUUGAAGGAUUAUCGUGUCUCAUUUUCUCCAAAACGUGUCUACAUGCAUUUUGAAAAUCUGUUUAACGAUGCCACACUCUCGCAAACUAUGAAUCGCUUUUUAAACGACAAUUGGGAAACAGUGUUUAAUGAAUUAAAAACUGGCUAUGCCAAGAGUUUUGGAAAAAUUUUCCGCGAAAUUUCAAAUCGUUUGUUUGAGAAUGUACCUAUGGAUUUAAUGUUUUUAAGAUAAAUAUAAAAAAUUAAUGUAUCUAUGUAAAUAAAAAAAAAUUAAAGUUGCGGCUAGACUAUAGUAUUCAAAUGUAUGUUUGUUAUCUUGUAUCAAUAUUAUUAUUAUAAAUUUUACGUAAAUUGUUUGAUUUCGUUAUCUAUUUAUGGUAUUUUGUUGUUCUUCUUAGUAAUAGAAUUAAUUUAAGAAUUAAAAUGAAAUUUUUAUAUAUUUAAGUACAUACAUAUAAAAUGUAUUCUGUAAGCACUCCACUGAUAUUAAUUUAGUACUAUACACUGUAUUUUCAAUAAAAAAAUACAUACGUACUGUAAUAAAACAAUAAAAUGUUUAAACACA